CCUCUUCUUCAAACUAACUCGUCUCUUGGCUCCGGAGGAGAAGCGGCGGAGGGGUGGUUUUUUUAAAGCUACAGGACCCGUUUGCAGCCGCCCCGCUUUGAUAGCGCUGCGUGUGUGUGUGUGUGUGCGCGCGCGUGUGUGUGUAUGUUUUGUUUUGCUCCGCUCCAGCAUGGGCAGCGCCGGCGGAGCCCCGCGGCCCGGGGUGCCCGCGCUGCCGCCCCGGCCCCGGCUCUGAAGACGGCCAAGCCCCAGCGCGGCGGAGGCAGCGCGGCUCGCUCCGCGCUCUCGCAUGGAGGGAAGAAGUAUGUCCCGUCUGUCUCUAACACGGUCCCCGGUUUCUCCUCUGGCUGCUCAAGGAAUUCCUCUCCCUGCUCAACUCACCAAGUCGAACGCUCCUGUGCACAUCGAUGUAGGAGGACACAUGUACACCAGCAGCCUGGCCACCUUGACAAAGUACCCAGACUCCAGAAUAAGUCGUCUGUUUAAUGGCACAGAGCCUAUUGUCUUGGACAGUUUAAAACAACAUUAUUUCAUCGAUCGAGAUGGUGAAAUUUUCAGAUAUAUAUUAAGCUUCCUAAGGACAUCUAAGCUACUGCUUCCAGAUGACUUUAAGGACUUUAAUCUUUUAUAUGAAGAAGCAAAGUAUUACCAGCUGCAGCCAAUGAUUAAGGAACUUGAGCGAUGGAAACAAGAGAAAGAACAAAGGAAACAUUUCCAGCCUUGUGACUGCUUGGUCGUAAGAGUGACUCCAGAUCUGGGGGAAAGAAUUGCAUUGAGUGGGGAGAAAGCUUUGAUAGAAGAGAUCUUCCCGGAGACUGGGGACGUCAUGUGCAACUCUGUAAACGCAGGCUGGAACCAGGACCCUACCCACGUUAUUAGGUUUCCUUUGAACGGAUACUGCCGGUUGAAUUCAGUGCAGGUACUCGAAAGACUGUUUCAGAAGGGAUUUAAUGUGGCAGCUUCAUGCGGUGGUGGGGUGGAUUCCUCUCAGUUCAGUGAAUACGUGCUGUGUCGCGAAGACAGACGACCACAACCUACCCCAACAAUCAGAAUAAAACAGGAGCCCCUGGACUAGACCCUACCCGUAUUCCUUUGUAACCGUAGAAGUGUUUAAUAGUCCCUUAUGUGAAACACUAAGGAUUUGCAAAACAGUAUUAGCAAACAGAUUUUGACUUUAUGUUGCCAAUUAGUGGUAUUCUGAAACUACCUGUCACAUAGCCAGCCAUGAAAUGCAUUUGAAAAACCAGUUGUCCUUUUUUCACGAUGAAAUUCCUGAGCAUGCUCAGUGUACCAGGCCUGCUGGGAAUGUACUGUGGGCUCAGCAGCUGCGGUGAUGAAAAAGGCGAAGCUUUGUGAACCCCCCGACCCUCGAGUGGACUUCUGCAGAAAGACCAAGUAAAGCAGCUUAACUGGAUCAGCAGGAGAAACGGUUCUGAUGGCCUUUCCAGCGAUACCCCACUGCUGUGAGGCGUGGAAGUGGCACCUCUGAGAGGGAGAUGGUACACUGAAACUACACUGAGUAUCUUCCCUGACUGCCGCCCCUGCGCCAUAUCAGCCACGCUUUCCACCCCGGGACGCCCUGUCCCGUCCCAUCCCGCUGCUGUGAUUGUACUCGCCCCUGCUCACAAAUGGCUUAUUUUUAUACAACAUUUCCAACUGAAAUAUCUCUCUGUGGACAGAAUCCAGACUCAGAAAAGGACCGAUUUACAGUCACCUGGUGCUCAGUACUCAAACCCCACACAAACAAAACAAAAAAGCGACACAAAAAAAAUGACAAGGCCGAUUAUGGCAAUAUUUGCAAAAGGAGGGAUCUGGAAGCACAAAAUAAAGUGCCAUCCACCAUCACACAAGGGUCAUACACCUAAUGUGGAGCUGUAGUUCUCUUAAAGCCAGUCUUGUUUUAACUCGGAAACUGUUAAGUUUUGCAUCAUCAAAGCAGUGUGAUUCUGCCAAGCAAGCUCUGCCACCCCGUUACUCAUUUACUAACCACACUUAGGAGGAAACGUUAAGAAUUUCAGACAAGCCUACCCUUUAUGGGUCUGGAAUUUUUGCAAAAAGAUGUUAAAACCUUCUACUGCCAUAGUUUGAUCAAAGCAGGCCACUUUUUCUUUCGAUUGUUUUUCCUCUAUUAUUUUAAACUACUAUUAAAAUACCGAUUCCGUAGCUGCCCUCUACCUGUAUAAUUCUCUCUUUCCUGAAGCCCACUGUCUGCAGGAGGUUACUGCUCCUGCCAUGAAUCGGUAUCGACUCUGACUUGCAGGGCUUCCUAACUCAGGAGACAGCACCACGUUUGCAGGUGCAAGGUUAUAAAUAGCAUUCUGCUAAAUCCUGUUUAUUGCUGUUUAGCAUGAUUGGGUCCUCAAUAACUAAUUCAUGUGUUAAUCACACCUUAGUUUCUCCCACGUUAAUUUAUAGAAUACUGUUGUAGAUGCUGAAUUUUAAUUAAACUCUUUUUAGAUGCAUAAAUAGGGCCCGAUAGAACAAGGGACAGAGUAUUCCAUGGUCGACAGUAAUGCCCAACAAAUACAAUCAGGCAAAAUAAAUACGUGUUGAAUGUUUCCAAAAGCAUUGAGCUGUACUGACUGUCCAAGGUAGGAUCUAGGCAGGGGUUUAAUUUUUGGAUAAAGGGCUGGAUACCUGUCUGUGGAAAAUCAGACCUCUGCAGGUUUUCUCACCUUGGUUACUCAACUUAAAAAUCUCUUCUGGAAACCUUAACCGAUCCAUGUUGGCCUGCCAACUUUGCAGAACAGUUGAGCAAAUCUGUCUACUUUAACAGAGUUGUAAAGUUAUUUUAUUUUGUGGUUUUAUACUUGUAUGACAUUCUAAAGUUGCUAGGCAUUGCCGUAUUUGAACAUAUGGCACAACAUUCACCUUUGUAUGUAAGAUAUCUGUAGAAUUGUAUAUUAUACAUUUAAUAUUGUAAAGAACUUAACGUAUAAUUGUCAUGUAUUUGUGUAUGCACAUUUCUUAUACAGUACUUCAUGCCAUAAACAUUUCUGUAAAGUAAACGAUCAAAAAUAAGCAAGUAGGGUGGAACACUCACUGUAUAUCUCAUGGUGUUUGAAAGAGGUGGAAGUUCCGAUUGUGGCUCCUCUGGCCGUUUGCUCCAUUCAGCUUGAUGUAGCCGUGGCUUUAAAAAGAAAAAAACGUGUUUUAUUUAUUACUUUCAUCCAUUGAGUUCAAGUUCAAAAUAUCCUUAAAUAAUCCCUUUAGCUUCUUGUUUUGAUCCUCUAUAGGCUUUUGUCCUGCCCUCCUGAAGAGGGGGAGGUAGCAGUAGCAGCAGCCAAGUGCUUGUCUGUUGGCACAUCCCUUCUCCCAUCCUUCACUCACACCCAGGAGAAAGCAAAGGACUCACGUUUACAUUUCAGCACAGGGGCCCAGUCCUGGUGCUUGGGCUUGGGCCCAGCCUCCCCAGGUUCAGCAGGGGCUGUCAGCAAGUAGGAUGUGGCACUGAGCACCCACCGAGCACUUCCAGCUCCCGGUGUGACACAGGCAGGCAGCUCGCAGGCCAGGGAGCAGGGUGAUGCUUUUACAUACAUAUAGCCCAUUGGAAGCAUUUGCAGUGGGUUGGUCACUUUUUCUUCAAUUUGCUGUUUACCCUGUUUUUUUUCAAUAGCCCAAUAAAGCAGUUCCAGUACUUGGGGCAGCUGGCUAAGGUGGCACUGUAAAGGGUUCCAGGCUGUGCUGGCCAAGUUAAAUGUGAACUUGAGAUGGAAAGUUUGAGCCAUGACAUCACAACUUUGACUGCAAAAUAGCAUUAAGGCAAGGAAGACAUGUGGAAACAAUCACUUUGUUAGAAGAAAUAUGCCUUUAAAAACCAGAAAAGUUAAGCUAGGACACAUUCUUUUAGUUAGUAACUUCAGGUCACUUAUUUAAAGUUUAUUAUAGUUUCAUUUAUGUCUUUUUUACUUGUUUCCCUGUAUUUUUUAGGCAGCAAGAUCAGUAAAAACUGAUUUGAAUUUUUACUUCUGGCCUUAAACCAUAGCAACAUAAUUAAGAACAUUGCUCAGCAUUGCUAAAACAGGUUUUAAAAUACCAUAGAAACUCCAAUAAAGCUGUGGUGUGCAGCCAGCAAAUGUUUUCAUUACCAAGGCCAAAAAGCAAACGUUAGCCUGGUAUUUUUUGGCCUGGUAUUUUUUCACCUCAUUCGACUGAACAAACUUGUUCUGGUUCUCUGUUGCCGAGCAUGGAAACCGUGGCUUGAAGAAGAGGAGUCUCCACUAGCACUUUCUGUCCAGCCCUGUUAUGCCACUUUGCAUCCACAAAUCUUGGGAAGAAGGCAGAAGAGAGAAUGUUCUGUUGUGCUUCUUGGACCAACUGUUUCUGAGAAAGCAGCUGUUGAGUGGAUUCAUUCACUGUAUUAAUAGCAUCGAGGUUUGUUGACAAUUUUAUUAGAUGUUUGACAAAGGAUAAGGAUCAGCACAACAAAACAUUGAAGUAUUUGGUUUUAAUAUUUCUUUGUGGGUAUUCUGUUAAUAUUUUAAUGCAAAAUAUUUCUGAACAGUGCUUAAGAGCUACAAGACAAUGUGAAAUUCAUGUUUGAUAAAUUAAUACUGUAUGUCACUCGAUGUGUUACUUUAGUAAAUUGUUUUAUUUCUUUACAAAAUAAGUACAAAUAAGGGAGUAUGUUUUCACACAAAUUGGGGGUAUUUACGAGUAUGUACAGAAAUCAUCAAAAUAACGUAAUUCUAAUAAACACAAGGCCUUUAUAAACAAUAUGUACAAAUUAUCAAUACAUUUAAAACAUAAUUUUACACUU